CAGUGCAAACACAACUGAAACCAGAAAUAAAAGAAAGCAACGUGAUCAGCAUGCCACGUAGUAAUCAUAGGAGACUGGGAGUGGCCAUGGAUUUCUCGCCGUGCAGCGUCGCGGCGCUCAAAUGGGCGGUGGAAAAUUUUGCCAGAGAAGGAGACCAUAUCAUCCUCCUCAUCAUUCGCCCAGACGUUAACUACGAGCAUGGCGAGAUGCAGCUCUGGGAACUCACCGGAGCUCCUUACAUACCCCUAAACGAGUUCACUGAUGCUGAGGUCAUGAAGAAAUAUGGACUGAAGCCCACUCCCGAAGCAAUUGAAGUGUCCCAAAAAGCUGCAAAGGAUAAAAAAGUAGAGGUACUCAUGAAAAUCUUUUGGGGUGACCCUCGUGAAAAGAUUUGCCAAGCAGUCGAUUCAAUACCUUUAGAGGCUCUUUUCAUGGGAAAUAGAGGCCUUGGUCCCCUCCAAAGGGCCUUUAUGGGAAGUGUGAGCAACUAUGUAGUGAAUCAUGCCACAUGUCCAGUCACUGUGGUGAAAAGUGACAAUCAAAAUAAAAGUUAAUUAUUUUCCUAAUUUGAUAUUAUAUAGGACAGAGAAUAAAUUUGUGCUACACAACCAAGUUUUGAUGCCUUUGGGCUUUGGUGGAUUGCAUAUGUAUAGUAUUAUGUUAUCAUGUGUCUCAGUUGAUACUCCUUCGGGCGUCCAUAUUGAAAGUUAGUUGCUCAAAAAUCAAAAUGUUCUUAAACCGUGAUGAGUAAUAAUUAUAUAAAGGAAACA